AGGGUGAGGGAGGGGGUGGGAUGGGUGGGGGGUAACGGGGGAAACUGGGGAAGUGGGGAACCGAGGGGCAACCAGGGGAAGAUGGGGUGCUGGAGGAGAGCUUGUGGGAGCCAAGGAGCACCUUGGACAUCUGGAGUCUGGCAGGAGUGAUGACGGGUGGAGGGGCUAGCUCGGGGCAGGGCUGGUGGGGCCUGAGGCCAGUGAGGAGUGUGGCGUAGGCGCCCAGGCAUCGUGCAGACGGGCGACAUCAGCUGGGGACGAUGGGCCCGAGCUAGGGCUGGAAAGAAGGGGGAGCCAGGCAUUCAUCCCGGUCACUUUUGGUUACAGGAUGUGGCAGCUGGUUGGACGAGGGGAGCUGGUGGGCAGGGUUUGAUCCCAGGGCCUGGGCAACGGAGGUGUAGCUGGCAGCAGCGGGAAGGUGAGGACCCCAUCUGCCGGGCAGGUGAGUCCCUUCCCUCCCCAGGCCUCGCUUCCCCAGCCUUCUGAAAGAAGGAGGUUUAGGGGAUCGAGGGCUGGCGGGGAGAAGCAGACACCCUCCCAGCAGAGGGGCAGGAUGGGGGCAGGAGAGUUAGCAAAGGUGACAUCUUCUCGGGGGGAGCCGAGACUGCGCAAGGCUGGGGGGCUGUGGGCCCAUUCCAGGCAGAAAGAGCAAGAGGGCAGGGAGGGAGCCCAGGGGCGGCCAGCGUAGGGUCCAGCACGUGGGGUGGUACCCCAGGCCUGGGUCAGACAGGGACAAGGCAGGGGACACAGGACAGAGGGGUCCCCAGCUGCCACCUCACCCACCGCAAUUCAUUUAGUAGCAGGCACAGGGGCAGCUCCGGCACGGCUUUCUCAGGCCUAUGCUGGAGCCUCGAGGGCUGGAGAGCGGGAAGACAGGCAGUGCUCGGGGAGUUGUAGCAGGACGUCACCAGGAGGGCGAAGCGGCCACGGGAGGGGGGCCCCAGGACAUUGCGCAGCAAGGAGGCUGCAGGGGCUCGGCCUGCGGGCGCCGGUCCCACGAGGCACUGCGGCCCAGGGUCUGGUGCGGAGAGGGCCCACAGUGGACUUGGUGACGCUGUAUGCCCUCACCGCUCAGCCCCUGGGGCUGGCUUGGCAGACAGUACAGCAUCCAGGGGAGUCAAGGGCAUGGGGCGAGACCAGACUAGGCGAGGCGGGCGGGGCGGAGUGAAUGAGCUCUCAGGAGGGAGGCUGGUGCAGGCAGGGGUGAGGAGCGCAGCGGGCGGCGAGCGGGAGGCACUGGCCUCCAGAGCCCGUGGCCAAGGCGGGCCUCGCGGGCGGCGACGGAGCCGGCAUCGGUGCCUCAGCGUUCGGGCUGGAGACGAGGCCAGGUCUCCAGCUGGGGUGGACGUGCCCACCAGCUGCCGAAGGCCAGGACGCCAGGUCCGGUGGACAUGCCAAGCAGGACAUGACAUGGUCUGGUGUGACGGCGAGGACAGAGGAGGCGCGUCUGGCCUUCCUGAACACCUUAGGCUGGUGGGGCUGCGGCAAGAAGCGGGUCUGUUUCUUUACUUCCUCCACGGAGUCGGCACGCUAUGGCUGCCCCUCUGGGCUCCCAGAACCCACAACAUGAAAGGUGAAGCUAGAGGAACCAGACCUCAUCAGCCCAACAUCAAAGACACCAUCGGAAUAGCAGCGCCCGCAGCACCCACCCCCCACCGGCGACUCCAUCUUCAUGGCCACCCCCUGCGGCGGACGGUUGGCCACCAGCCACCACAUCAUCCCACAGCUGAGCUCCUCCAGCGGGAUGACGCUGUCCCCACCACCUCCCUCUUCUUCUUGUUCAUCCUUCUGUCUCUUUGUUUCUGAGCUUUCCUGUCUUUCCUUUCUUCUGAGAGAUUCAAAGCCUCCACGACUCUGUUUCCCCCGUCCCUUCUGAAUUUAAUUUGCACUAAGUCAUUUGCACUGGUUGGAGUUGUGGAGAUGGCCUUGAGUCUCGGUGCGAGUGUGCGUGAGUGUGAGCCACCUUGGCAAGUGCCCGCCCAGGGCCCGGCCGCCCUCCAUCUGGGCCGGGUGACUGGGCGCCGGCUGUGUGCCCGAGGCCUCACCCUGCCCUCACCUAGUCUGGAAGCUCCGACCGACAUCACGGAGCAGCCUUCAAGCAUUCCAUUACGCCCCAUCUCGCUCUGUGCCCCUCCCCACCAGGGCUUCAGCAGGAGCCCUGGACUCAUCAUCAAUAAACACUGUUACAGCAA